GAUAUGAAAAUAAAUUAAAUAAAUUAAACUUGAAUGAAUUUAAAAUAAAAAUUAAUUUAAAGAUAAUUAAAAAAUAAAUUAAAAUGGAGUCAAAUGAAACAACAUGGUCAAUUUUUGAUAUGGAAUCAACAACAAUGACAACAAAUAUCAUUACAGCACCAAGACGUCAUGUUACAUUUGCAUCACAAAUUAUUUUAACAUUAGUUUAUAUUUGUGGUGUUAUUGGAAAUAUAUCUGCUUUAUUGAUACUUUUUUUCCGAGACAAGAGAAGAAAUCGAAAACAUUUAUUGAUGCUACGUUGCUUGGCUAUCAAUGAUCUGGUGGCACUUCUUGGCAUGCUUGUACAAAUGUACGGUACAAUUUACGGUGGAUGGAGUGGAACAAAAACAACAUGUUCAUUGAGAAUUGUCUGGAGGUUGUUUGGGCUAUUUAGUGGAUGUGUUGCAAUUGUUAUGGCUGUUGAAAGAUGGCUUGCUUUAACAAGACCCUUUGUUUAUCAAAAGCGUGUAACAUAUCCGGUUAUUGUUCGUUGUAUGGUUGGAUUAUGGUUGACAGCAUUGACCCUAACAAUAUUACCAAUAUUUGGCUUUGGUAUUUACUAUGAAUCUGGUAAAUGCAAAAGAUAUCGUGAAGCAACUGAACCUGAAGAUAUUGCUUAUGCUUAUGUCUGGUUUUCAUUUGGUACAUUACUAUGUGUAUCAAUUGUAUUUUGUAAUUUGGCUGUAUCAAAUGCACUUCGUGCUCUUGGUAGACGAAAUGGUUCACUUCGUCGUGUAUCAAGAUCAUCAGCAAAAUCACCACCACAUAGAAUACAUCAAUUAUCAUCAUUAGUUGAUGAUUCAUCACAAGUUGGAUCAACUGUUGAAGAACGUGCAUUUGCUAAACUCAUGACAGUAUUGUCAUUUUCAUUUGUCAUUUGUUGGAUGCCACAAAUGAUAUCAAUUCCACUUGCACAGUAUAAUAUUGGAUUACCAACAAGUGCUAUUGUUACUAAAAAAGGAAUAAUAAUAUUUCAAAUAAUUGCUGAUAUAUUUUUAUGUAUUCAUUUUACAUUGGAUCCAUAUUUUUAUGUUUUAUUCAGAAGACAAACAAUGCCAUUAUUAAAACCAAUUUGUAGAUUUUGUCGUUCUGCUAAUAGUCCUGGUAGUUCAUUCAAUGGUACAUCUGAUCAUCAUAUGAGUAGUGGUGGUGAUCCACCAACUCCAGUCACUGAAGUACCAUCAAGUCUACUUAGUGAAUCAACUGAAACACAUACACUAAUGGUUUUGUGAAAUUCGCCAAAGCAAAUGAUUUACAAAAAAUGGAAAGAUAAAUAUGAAAAUACAUACUUGUAAGAUAUUUAUUUUGUAAAUCAUUGCAUUGUAUAUUUAUGUAUUUUAAUUUUUUAUAUGACUGAUAAAUAUGUACAUUUAUUUUUUCAUAAUUACAAUUGAUGUAAACAAGUCAUUUUUUUUUUCCAAUUGGAAAAAAAGAAAAAAGAAAUAAUUUGUAAUUAUAAAAUAGAUAUUUAUUAAUAAUUUAAUUAUUUAUAAAAUUAAAAAUUAAAAAUUUCUAUUAGGAUUCAUGUAGAGGAUAAAACUGAUCAUAUAUUCUUGUGAAAAAUAAUAUGUUUAUCUAGUCAAGGAGAAAAAAAUAAUAAUCAUAAUGUGUUUAACAAAAUAAUAUGAUCAAUAAUACUUUUUUUUUUUUUUUUUUGUUUAUAAUUAUUUAAUUUAAUAAUAUAAUUCAAGUUGUAUGUAAUGUUUUAUUUGUAAUAAUUAUUAAGAAAUAUUUUCAUUAAAUAUACUAAUUGUAAAUAACAAUUUUAAUAUAUAUAUAAAAUUAUAUAAUA